AUGUUUCCGGUGAACCAACCGCCGCCUCAUUGGAAGAAAGUCCCAGAGUUGUUUCCCCUCGCGCCGGAGGAGCAGAUCAAGCUGCCGACGGGUGAACCGAAGUCUUUACCGAAACUACAGGCCAGUUUCGAGGUUGAGUCGGUCGAGGAGAAGGAGAAGCGGUUGGAGAAGUUGGAUGAGAUUCGGAAGACCUUUGAAUAUGCGUGGAAUGGGUACAAGUCCUCCGCGAUGGGGAAGGAUGAGCUCAAGCCUCUGCGCGGUGGGUACAAGGAUACGUUCAAUGGCUGGGGAGCUACCGUGGUGGAUGCGCUGGAUACGCUUUGGGUGAUGGGUUUGGAGGAGGAGUUUGCGCUUGCAGUUGAGCAUGUCAAGAGCAUUGACUUUACGACGAGUGAGAGGCCGGAGAUCCCCGUUUUCGAGACGGUCAUUCGUUAUAUGGGUGGAUUGUUGGGUGCUUAUGACAUCUCGGGUAAGAAGUAUCCCGUGCUUCUGGAAAAGGCUGUUCAGCUUGCGGAAAUUGUGAUGGGGGCUUUUGACACGCCUAAUCGCAUGCCGACUUUGUUUUACAAGUGGACGCCAGACCAGGCAUCAAGAGUUCACCAUGCGAGCCGUCGAGCUGUUCUGGCAGAGAUUGGCUCGCUUUCAAUGGAAUUUACACGACUUGCGCAGUUGACCAAGGAUGAUAAGUACUACGACGCCAUUACACGUAUCACCAAUGAGCUGGAAAGGGUUCAGUCUUCCAGCAAGCUUCCCGGUCUGUGGCCUACCAAGCUGGACGCCACUGGAUGCGAAAAGCCUAUACCUUCACCUGCUGUUGUGCGCGAUAUUCCGUCCCCGUCCAACUCAUCGUCGUCUCCCGUGUCCACACCCAGUGCAAGACCAGUUCCAACGGAUAUUGAGAGCUAUAAGAAUUAUUUCAAGCGACGCGACGAGAGUGGCCUUGCGCAAGAUGCACAGCCUGCCAAUUAUGAACAGCUAAUCAAGGAAAAGAAUCCCGAGGCCCAUAUUGUUCCCGCAGACAGCGACUGCAAGGGUGCUCUGAUAACUCAGAACUCUUACAAGGAUGCUUUUGGCUUGGGGGCAGAGGCGGACUCAACGUAUGAGUAUCUGCCCAAGGAAUACAUGCUUCUGGGUGGUCUGAACGAUCAAUACAAAUCCAUGUACGAGAAAGCGAUGGACGCCGCUCGCGAGCACCUUCUCUUCCAGCCCAUGGUGAAACAUGGCCGUGAUAUCCGUUUCUUGGCCACUCUCGACCUAAGGAAGCCGCUUUCAGAGCUGCAGCCCAAUCGGGUACCCACUAGGUACGAAGCGACGCAUUUGACCUGCUAUGCUGGUGGCAUGUUUGCGGUGGGUUCCAAGUUGUUUGGCAUUGAUGGUGAUAUGGACAUCGCCGCUAAGCUGACGGACGGGUGUGUGUGGGCGUACGAAUCUACAUACACCGGCAUCAUGCCUGAAACCUUCCUGGUGGUACCCUGUAAGAAGGGUGAACCAUGCACAUGGGAUGAGAUCCGUUACAAGGAUGCCCUGGAUCCUUGGCGAGAGGAACGUUUGGUUGCGAUGCAAAAGAUGAAGGAGCAAGUCACCGAAGUCAGAGAAUCUCAGGAGGAUGCGCGUGAUGCAUCGCAGACCGCCGAAACGCCAGUACCAACAACUCCCAAGGUAAAAGCCACACGCCGGAGUCUCCUUUCAUCAUUACCUGGGGAUCCUGCUGCCGCGCUGGCUGAUGACUACGUCAAGGCCCGGAUCAGGGAAGAAAGACUGCCACCUGGGAUUGUCCGCAUGACUGACCGACGCUAUCUGCUGCGACCUGAGGCAAUUGAGUCCGUCUUCAUCAUGUACCGUCUCACGGGCGACAAUUACUGGCGUGAGAAGGGAUGGAGGAUGUUCGAGGGUAUCGCCAAGCACACACGCACCAAUUUUGCCCAUUCGGCCAUUGAGGAUGUCACUUCGAUGCAACCGGAGUUCCAGGACUCAAUGGAGUCGUUCUGGCUUUCGGAGACGCUCAAGUACUUCUAUCUGCUUUUUAGCGAUCCGAGUGUCGUUAGUCUUGACGAAUAUGUCCUGUGA